UUUCCAGAAUCUGGGGAUUCAGUGCGUGAAGAAGAAGGAUGUGGGAGACGCAGUUUCCUGUCGCCUGCAAACACAGAACAACCCCUUUAAUAUUCCUGAGCCCCAGAUCUGGGAGGAGGAGUACGAUCUGAACGCGGUGCGUCUGUGCGUCCAGGUGUCCAUCACGCUGCCCAGCAGAGAGCUGUUUCCUCUGGAGCCCGUGGUCUCUCAGCCCAUCUACGACAACCGCGCUCCCAACACGGCCGAGCUCAAGAUCUGCCGGGUCAACAGGAACUCAGGCAGCUGCCGCGGAGGAGACGAGAUCUUCCUGCUGUGUGAUAAAGUGCAGAAGGAGGACAUCGAGGUGCGGUUCUUCCAGGACUCGUGGGAGAGCAAGGGCUCGUUCUCUCAGGCUGAUGUUCACCGGCAGGUGGCUAUCGUCUUCCGCACGCCUCCGUACCGCGACCCUAACCUGACGGAGCCGGUGCGUGUGAAGAUGCAGCUGCGCAGACCGUCUGACCGAGAGGUCAGCGAGGCCGUGGACUUCCAGUACCUGCCGGCUGACCCCGAUGAGCACAGACUGAUGGAGAAGCGCAAGAGAACCGAAGGGAUGCUGCAGAACCUCAAACUGAGCAGCAUCAUCACAGGAUCCUCUGUGCCAGCAGACAGACGGCCGUUCAGUACAGCUAAGCGAACACUGGGCCUGUCUAAGCCCCCAGCAGCCAGCAGUCUCUCAGCAGCGGCGUCUGCAGGUGUGCCGGUGAAGUCCUCGUUCUUCUCUCCUGCUCCUGGUCAGUUGUUCGCUCCGGCCGCUCAGACUUCACUCAAACCGGAUCCGUCGAGCUCCGGCGACUCGUGGAAGUUCCUGCAGAGUCUGACGGUGGACUCCCAGCCCGCGCCUGCGGUGUUCCCGAGCCAGAGCGGCCCGCAGGACUUCCCCACGGUCAACCUGUCGGACCUGCAGGACUUCCCCAUGAGCGGCUUCGUCCCGGCCGAGCCCCCGAGCGCCGCUCCCCAGGACGCCUUCAGUGACGUGCUGCCAGACUUCUCCAGCUUCUCCGAGGUGGACAACAUCAACAUCGAGGACUUCCAGGCGCUGCUGGGCGAGGCCAGGCCUGCGGACGACCCCCCGGGGGGCAGCGGCUCCACCUGGAUGUCCAUCCCCCCCAGCAUCGCCAGCCUGAUCCACAGCGAGGGCCUGCAGGAGAGCACCCCCCACACAGUCCUGGACGACCUGGAGGUGCUCAGCUCCAUCGACGACGACCGCUUCAUGUCCAUCCUGUCCAGCUCAAACCAGGUGGGCUUCCUGUCCGGACACCCCACCUAGAGCAGCGGUGAUGACUGACCACUGUGUGCCUUACUGAGCGGCUCGGCCAAUCACUGCGCAGCAUCCACUGCCUCGCCGGCCAAUGACCGCUCAGAACACUGACCACUGUAGACACUUUUAAAGGAGCAUCGCACCAUUUAUUUAAACAGUAAACAUGUGUUUUGAAGCCAGUUACGUUUUAUUGAUAAUUAAUCUUUUAAAGUGUAAUAAACUGGAGGGAUAUAACAUUAACAAUUUAGUUAUUCUUUUAAAAAGUAAAGGUUUUAUGCCGUUGUUCGCUGGCCAACAGAAACACAAGAAAUUCUCUACAGAACAAAAUAAAA